AUGGCUGCAGCACUAGCACAUACCCAUUUCGUUGCACAUACCUACCACAUGGACAUCAAGCCGGCAAAUUUCCUGAUCGACGCAGAUUUCCAUCUUGUACUUAUUGAUUGGGAGCGAAGUGGUGUCCCUGCUGCUGUCACGGCUCCAGAGGUUGACGGCACCUGGGAUGUGGAAGAAGUAUCGGCAGAAGGCUCAAGUACCCCUCGAUACACCAAAUACACUGGGCCAGAAACGCGAAAUACCUCUCUUAGCAGUACACCGGGUGUCUACCCCGAAUGGAGCAAAAAGUGUCCGAAAGCUUUGGAGUUGGCUGAAGUAUUUAGUCUUGGCCGCUGUAUGUGGAAGCUAUUACGGCAGCCAGACAUAUAG